AUGGUGCACACGAACGUUCUCGCCGACGCGUUAAAAUGCACCAAUAAUGCCGAGAAGCGCGGGAAACGCCAGGUCCUUAUCAGGCCGCGUUCUAAGGUCAUUGUGUGCUUCCUGGCUGUCGUGAUGAAGCACAGUUACAUCGGUGAGUUUGAGAUCACCGAUGACCACAGAGCUGGGAAUACUCUCGUCAGUCUCACGGCCAGACUGAACAAGCAUGGUGUGACCAGUCCACGCUUCGACCUCCGGCUCAAAGACUUGGAGAAGUGGCAAAACAACCUGUUGCCCUCAAGACAGUUUGGAUACACUUUGACAACCUCAGCCGGUGUCAUGGAUCAGGAAGAGGCCGGACAGAAACACACAGGAUUCUUUCUCUAAAAUGUAAAGAACUGCACAUAAAAAAAUACAUCGCCAGAGUCGAUGCUGGCGAUGCUCGUUGCCACAAGUGCAGCAGGUUUUUUGCAUGUCAGGGUGGAAACACGAGCGCUCUUCCAGACAUCUGGUGAAACAGCACCAGGUACAGGUGGAGAAGUGCAGUUUUGGGCUGCCUGGCUCGUAGCUCAUCUCUGGUUGGCCCAUCCACCUAAGGUAUGUUUAUGCAUGCUAGCAGCCUGGAGCCCACAGGGAGUUGACUACAUUAUACACACAUGGGGUGAUGAUUAAAAGUAACGCCCAGGGCGUCCAGGUAGCGCGGCGCUCUACUCCGCUGCCUACCAACACAGGGAUCGCUGAAUCGA